UAGGGUUUUGAAGAAGGCUGUAGCUCCCAGCUGAUUUCACUUCAUGUGAUAACAUUGGGAGUGGCGCUAGAAGCUUCGGUGGAAUAGGGGACAUGCUGCUUCUGCUCUUACUGGUAGUUAUGUCAGCUGAAUUGGUGAAAAAUGUGCCUCUGGUUAACGUCAGCACCUUACAAAAUGUGACCCACCACCCAGAGACAUUAGAAGAACGGUAUUCUGACCAAAGGGCAUUUAUGGAGGGAGACAUGUUGUUGUUGGCACCAGCCCCCCCGGUGAUCCAGAGUAGGACAAAGCGGAAGGACAGGAAUGCGGUGGGACAAUCAUGGACAACCACAGACUUGCCAUAUGUUAUCAGCCCACAAAUAAACCACAGAACAGAUGAUAUCAUAGCUGCCAUGGCGAUGGUGUCUGAACAUACCUGUAUAACUUUCCACAAGAGAAACUCUGAGUCAAACUAUGUGCUCUUCAAAAUCGGCAAUGGUUGUGCUUCACACGUGGGCUUCAUUGGGGGUGAGCAGCAUGUGUAUGUUGCACCAUCGUGCAGUGUGGGCAACAUCGCUCACGAGAUCCUUCAUACUCUUGGCUUCCAGCAUGAACACACCAGGUUGGACAGGGACAAAUUUAUCGACAUUGUCCAGAGUAAUAUCAUCCCAGGGAUGGAGAAAAACUUCAAAAAGCUUGCUGGGCAAACAUUUGAUAUUCCAUAUGACUACACUUCUAUAAUGCACUAUGGACGGUGCUUUUUUUCAUCAAAUGGAGAGCCCACUAUCAUCCCUAAGAAAAAUGUGAAGGACAUGGGACAGAGGGAUAGACUAAUGGAGACUGACAUAAAGAAAAUAAAACUUCUCUACAACUGUGAUUCUUUAAACUCUAAUGCCACCAUGGAAAGCUGAAUGACUUUCUCGACCAUUGCCUCGUGGUAGUACCUGAACUGAACCAUCAGCAGGGGAUGGUGACGCCAGCAGUGAAACAAACAUUGACUUUUUUUUUUUUAUUAUUUAUUUAAAAUAAAUGUAACCUGGAUAUACUUGUUACUUUUUGUGUCCAGUCAAGCACUUUCCUAUUGCAUAACUAACUUUCAGUCAGAUCUAUAAUUAAAAUGCCCUUUUGUUUCAAAAUG